AUUUUAUUCGCUCCGAACGGCUUUGGACAGUUUUGCUUGGGUUUAAACGCGAACUACAUCUCCCGUCAGUACCCGCGCCGACUCGCGUCGCCUCGCUCCUUGCGCAAGCGCGCAUUGCAUCACGGGAGAUGUAGUCCUCCUCCCCGUGCCCUAGGGCCGCGCUCCGGAAGUGACUCGAUGGCCCCGGGGGUACAGGCAGCUCCCCAACAAGUGGCGGAAGACAAAUUUGUAUUUGAUUUACCGGACUAUGAAAACAUCAACCAUGUAGUGGUCUUCAUGCUGGGAACGAUUCCAUUUCCAGAAGGAAUGGGAGGAUCUGUCUAUUUUUGUUAUCCGGACCAGAGUGGGAUGGCGGUGUGGCAGCUGCUGGGGUUUGUCACUAAUGAGAAGCCGAGUGCCAUCUUCAAAAUUUCUGGUCUGAAAUCUGGGAAGGGAAGUCAACAUCCCUUUGGUGCCAUGAACCUCCCUCAGACGCCAACGGUCGCCCAGAUUGGAAUCUCAGUGGAACUGCUGGAGAACCUGGCCCAGCAGACUCCUGUUGCAAGUGCUGCUGUGUCAUCAGUAGAUUCAUUCACAGAGUUCACUCAGAAGAUGUUGGAUAACUUCUAUAACUUUGCUUCCUCGUUUGCUGUUACUCAGGCACAGAUGACCCCAAAUCCUUCUGAAGCUUUCAUCCCUGCAAAUGUAGUUCUGAAAUGGUAUGAGAACUUCCAAAGACGUCUGACACAGAACCCUCUCUUCUGGAAAACAUAAGCUUAAAUUAAUGGUGUCAUCUGAAGUGCUUUCUAAGCAGUGCUGUCUGAAAGGUGCACCAAGCAACUCUGGUGAGGAAUUUUGGGGGAAAAAAACGAUUAGUCUGAAUAGACAAACUUGUAACUUUUGUAUUACUCCUGAAAAUUAUUUAAAAUUAAAAUCCGUGAAAACUA